CCAUGCAAGCUUUCUUUCAUGGUUUCUCAUGAGUAUAAACGCAUGAUAAGUGAUGUUGCAUGGUCUUAACGAUGUACGUGUAACAUUGCACCGAGGUGUGGAGCUUACAAGCCAAAGCCAUGGACUCCUCUUUCAUCACUUGGGUUUUGGUGUUGGUGUUGGCUGUGGCUUGGGUCCCUGUGGGUAGAGGUGAUGGUCAUGGUCUUGGGGCUUCUUUCAUCUUCGGCGACUCACUAGUUGAUGCUGGAAAUAACAACUUCCUGUCGACGUUAUCGAAGGCUAAUAUCCGGCCUAAUGGUAUCGAUUUUAAGGCUUCCGGGGGGAAUCCAACGGGACGGUACACCAAUGGGAGGACCAUUGGAGAUCUUGUUGGAGAGGAAUUGGGACAACCGACCUAUGCACUACCUUUUCUGUCCCCAAAUGCAACGGGCUCCACUAUCUUGAAUGGUGUGAAUUAUGCAUCAGGAGGUGGAGGGAUUAUGAACCAGACAGGCAGAAUUUUUGUUGGGAGAAUUGGGAUGGAUAUUCAGGUGGAUUACUUCAACAUAACUAGAAAACAGUUGGAUGGGUUGCUUGGAGUGUCAAAGGCAAGAGAGUAUGUGAUGAAGAGGUCCAUAUUCUCAGUAACCAUAGGAGCAAAUGAUUUCCUAAACAACUAUCUCCUACCAGUCCUCUCCAUUGGAGAGAGGAUAUCUGAAACUCCUGAUACUUUUGUUGACAAUCUCAUCAGCAAUCUCAGGAUUCAGCUUACAAGGCUUUACAAGUUGGACGCUCGAAAGUUUGUGAUAGGGAAUGUGGGGCCCAUCGGAUGCAUUCCCUAUCAAAAGACCAUCAACCAAGUUACCAAGGACCAAUGUGUGAAGCUGCCCAACGAGCUAGCGCUCCAAUACAACGGUCGACUGAGAGAUCUGCUGACUGAGCUAAAUGAAAAUCUCCCUGGGGCCACAUUUGUCCUAGCCAAUGUCUAUGAUCUGGUCAUGGAACUCAUCGCUAACUACCAAAAAUACGGUUUCCGAUCGGCAAGCACUGCUUGUUGUGGUAAUGGAGGCCAAUUCCAAGGGGUCAUUCCAUGUGGGCCCACUUCUUCUUUGUGUGAUGACCGUUCAAAGUAUGUGUUUUGGGAUCCCUACCAUCCUAGUGAAGCUGCCAAUGUAAUAAUAGCUAAGAAACUCAUCGAUGGAGACACCAAGUCCAUAUCUCCUAUGAAUCUUCGACAAUUAAGAGAUCUUUGAUUGUAGUCUUUGUGUAUUCUUGUGAUGUUUUCUUAAGAUUUCAACUGUUGGCUUCUGUUGAAAUUUGUAAUCUUCUUGCAUUCUCAUAGUUUUGGGCUUGUGUAAUGCUGCACUUGCUUUGAAA